GCUCGACACUCGACAAAGUACUGCUAUUUUUAUAUUUAUUAAAACCGAUCCCUCGCUGGCCGUCUCCAACGGAUUAUGAAGUCAGACAACUUUUGAAUGAGUGAACAAUUGCGAAUACGUCGCUUAGGUGGUCGUAGUAAAACGCUUUCUGCCACAAAUUUGGCACCCAUCAGUGCGAGUCAUAGCAGUGGUCCGGGAACGGGAGGUGUUGGUGGUGUACCUCUAACACCGAACAUUAGUCACAGUGCCAGCAGUAAUUUCCUGCAACAAUAUUUUCGUCAUCAUCCGCAGCAUUCGACACAGGCGCAAUAUUUCACAUUUAAUCAGACCGAUAGUCCCAGGGGAACGCAUAACCAAUCGCCGUUACAGCAUCAGACGCAGAGUAGUACAGCAGCAGCAACAGGAGCCGCAACAACAAAUUAUGGCAUUGAGCCCAGUCCAACGGUUGUAAAUUCGGCUAGUGGAAGUGGCAGUGGUAGUAGUGGCCUACGUAUGCCCAAUAUGGGACCUAUGCUGGGAACAUCGGCCACUGUUGCCAUUAACAAUAGCUAUACUGCUUACAGUGCCAACAAUCCGGGACAGGGCGGUGCCCACUCCAGCACCACUGCGGGGGGUGGGACCGCCCACAACAAUGGUUCUGGUGUCACAGCCGGCCAGCUGGGCAGUGCCUCGGCACAGGCCCAAACUGGACCAUCGAACAGUGCUACAACCGCUGGUGCAGGCCUUGGCGGUGGAAUUGGCCCAUCCGGCCUGGGUGCGGUGGCCGGCAAUAUGGGCGGCGUCGGUAUGGGCAUUUGUGGCGGUAUUAGUAGUAACGCCGCAGUCAUUACUGGGGUGCCGCCAAUAGGACUUGGACUUGCAACCGGUAUUGGCAAUAAAAUGCUCGGUCGCAAGCAAAGUCUAAAGGGCGGCGAACCAUUUCUAGCCGAUUAUGGUCCCGAGGAGUCGCUUAACGAAAGUGCCGAUAUUGAAUGGGUGAAUAAACUGUGGGUAAGACGCCUAAUGCGAUUUUGCGCUUUAGUUGCCUUGGCCUCAGUCUCAUUGAAUACUCCAAAAACUUUCGAACGCGAACCAUCCCUGCAGUAUAUAACAUUCGUAUCGGACAUAGCGGUAACGCUACUAUUUACCGCUGAAAUGAUAGCCAAAAUGCACAUACGCGGCGUAUUGCACGGUGAAGUGCCGUAUCUUAAGGAUCAUUGGUGCCAAUUUGAUUUUUCUAUGGUAUUCUUUUUAUGGAUUUCAAUAAUCCUGCAAAUAUUUGAAAUACUUGAAGUUGUGCCAAAAUUCUCCUCCCUAUCCAUGAUGAGGGCACCACGACCCCUAAUAAUGAUACGCUUCCUCAGAGUCUUCCUGAAAUUCUCAAUGCCAAAAAGUCGUAUUAAUCAGAUUUUCAAACGCUCCAGCCAACAAAUCUACAAUGUAACCCUAUUCUUCUUGUUCUUUAUGUCACUUUAUGGCCUUAUGGGUGUUCAAUUUUUUGGUGAAUUGAAAAACCAUUGCGUCAUGAAUAACAGUGUCUACGAUGAGCAUGAUAGACCAAUUCUAACUCUAAAUUCAUUGGCCAUACCGGAUACAUUUUGUUCCAUGGACCCCGAUUCGGGCUAUCAGUGUUCGCCGGGCAUGAGAUGCAUGAAAUUGGAUUUUCUCAGUAGUUAUGUGAUUGGUUUCAAUGGAUUCGAAGAUAUUGCCACGAGUAUUUUUACGGUUUAUCAAGCUGCAUCCCAGGAGGGUUGGGUGUUUAUAAUGUAUCGUGCCAUCGAUUCGCUGCCAGCAUGGAGAGCUGCAUUCUAUUUCAGUACCAUGAUCUUCUUCCUGGCGUGGUUGGUGAAGAACGUUUUCAUUGCUGUCAUUACGGAAACGUUCAAUGAGAUUCGUGUACAAUUCCAACAAAUGUGGGGUGCCCGGGGUCACAUACAAAAGACGGCGGCAUCACAAAUUCUCAGCGGAAAUGAUCAGGGCUGGCGUUUGGUAACCAUUGAUGACAGUAAACAUGGAGGACUGGCUCCGGAAACGUGUCAUGCCAUCUUGCGAUCUCCCUAUUUUCGUAUGUUGGUAAUGUCGAUUAUUCUGGCAAAUGGUAUUGUGACGGCAACGAUGACAUUUCAACAUGAUGGUCGACCGCGCCACGUAUUCUAUGAGAGAUACUAUUAUAUUGAAGCUGUCUUCACGUUCCUUUUGGAUUUGGAGACACUGUUUAAGAUCUACUGUUUGGGAUGGCGUGGUUACUAUAAACAUUCCAUUCAUAAAUUCGAAUUGCUGCUGGCUGUGGGCACCACCAUACAUAUUGUGCCAUAUUUUUAUCUGUCGGGAUUUACAUAUUUUCAGGUUCUCCGUGUGGUACGUCUCAUCAAAGCCUCACCCAUGCUGGAGGGUUUUGUAUACAAAAUCUUCGGCCCUGGAAAAAAGUUAGGAUCUCUCAUCACCUUUACCGUUUGCUUGCUGAUCAUAAGCUCCAGCAUUUCAAUGCAGUUGUUUUGCUUCCUUUGCGAUUUCACCAAAUUCGAAACAUUCCCCGAAGCCUUCAUGUCUAUGUUCCAAAUUUUGACUCAAGAAGCCUGGGUUGAGGUCAUGGACGAGACCAUGAUACGCACCAGUAAAACUCUAACUCCUCUAGUGGCCAUAUAUUUUAUACUCUAUCAUUUGUUCGUAACCCUUAUCGUGCUGAGUUUGUUCGUGGCGGUUAUUUUGGAUAAUUUGGAGUUAGAUGAGGACAUUAAGAAAUUGAAGCAAUUGAAAUUUCGGGAACAAAGUGCCGAAAUCAAGGAGACAUUGCCGUUUCGUUUGAGAAUUUUCGAGAAAUUCCCGCAAUCGCCACAGAUGACAAUACUGCAUCGAAUACCCAAUGACUUUACGCUGCCCAAGGUGAGGGAGUCUUUUAUGAAACAAUUUGUUAUCGAACUGGAAAGCGACGACCCCUCGAUGGAGAGUUGCAAGAGGCCCACCUCGGAAUACUGGGAAUCGUCGAGGGCAUUUCGUAAACAGAAACCUGUUCGGAUUAUGAAUGAAACGGCCAAGGUGCGCUCGGCCGGCAGCAGUUUGAGAAAAUUGGCCAUAACCCAUAUAAUCAAUUCUGACACAAAUUCUUUAAGUGAUUCGAAUAAUCAACGUUUGAUGUUGGGCGAUUCGGCCAUGUUACCGGUGGUGGGUGGAAAAUGCGGCCUAAAAUCCCAGGGUACUAUAACGCAUUCGAAACCAUGGCGUGUGGACCAAAAGAAAUUUGGAUCACGUUCCAUUCGACGUAGCGUACGAUCGGGUUCGAUAAAGCUGAAACAAACCUAUGAACAUCUGAUGGAAAACGGAGACAUUGCCUCAGCGCCGAGGGCAAAUUCUGGUAGAGCGAGGCCACAUGAUUUGGACAUUAAAUUGUUGCAGGCCAAGCGGCAACAGGCUGAAAUGAGACGAAAUCAGCGGGAGGAGGAUUUGCGUGAGAAUCAUCCAUUUUUCGAUACGCCAUUGUUUUUGGUGCCGCGGGAGAGUCGUUUUCGCAAGAUUUGUCAGAAGAUUGUGCAUGGGCGUUACGAUGCUCGGCUCAAGGAUCCGCUGACGGGAAAGGAACGCAAGGUGCAGUAUAAGAGUUUGCACAACUUCUUGGGCCUCGUCACCUACUUGGAUUGGGUAAUGAUAUUCGUGACCACUCUCUCCUGCAUUUCAAUGAUGUUCGAGACGCCCAAUGAUCGAGUGAUGGAUCAUCCUACCUUGCAAAUAGCCGAAUAUACCUUUGUCAUUUUUAUGAGCCUGGAAUUGGCUUUGAAAAUCCUGGCCGAUGGUUUAUUUUUCACCCCAAAGGCCUACAUCAAAGAUGUGGCAGCCGUUUUAGAUGUCUUCAUUUACAUUGUAUCGACCCUGUUCCUAUGUUGGAUGCCCAAACAAGUUCCCACAAAUUCGGCGGCCCAAUUACUAAUGGUCCUGCGUUGCAUACGACCGCUGAGAAUAUUCACUUUGGUACCGCACAUGCGUAAAGUGGUCUAUGAAUUAUGCCGUGGCUUCAAAGAAAUCCUCUUGGUAUCCACCCUCCUGAUACUGCUGAUGUUCAUCUUUGCCAGCUAUGGCGUGCAAUUGUAUGGUGGCCGUUUGGCACGUUGUAAUGAUCCGACAAUCACAAGACGUCAAGAUUGUGUGGGUGUGUUUAUGCGUCGGGUAUUUGUAACGAAAAUGAAGUUGACCCUGGGCGAGGGAGAAUCCUUUCCGGCAAUGUUGGUUCCCCGGGUCUGGGCAAAUCCAAGACGAUUUAAUUUCGAUAAUAUUGGCGAUGCUAUGUUGACGUUGUUCGAGGUCCUAUCAUUCAAGGGAUGGCUGGAUGUGAGAGAUGUACUAAUUAAAGCUGUUGGACCGAUUCAAGCCGUCUACAUUCACAUCUAUAUUUUCUUGGGCUGUAUGAUUGGUCUAACCCUAUUCGUGGGCGUUGUCAUUGCCAACUAUUCGGAGAAUAAGGGUACAGCUCUUCUAACUGUCGAUCAGAGACGUUGGUGUGAUUUGAAAAAGAGAUUGAAAAUUGCUCAACCCUUGCAUUUGCCACCUAGACCGGAUGGUCGCAAAGUUCGGGCAUUUGCUUAUGAUGUCACGCAACAUAUUUACUUUAAACGUUUUAUAGCGGCAAUUGUUUUGAUCAACAGUGCAUUGUUAUCGAUAACGUGGAUAAAAGGUGAAAGCAUUACGGAAAUAUGCAUUUUGCUCAGUGUCACACUGACAUUUGUCUUUGUGGUCGAGGUGGUGAUGAAAAUUAUCGCCUUCACACCACGCGGCUAUUGGCAGUCACGCCGCAAUCGUUAUGAUCUUUUGGUAACAGUAUCCGGAGUAGUUUGGAUAUUUCUACAAACUAUUUUAAGGAAUGACUUAUCAUACUUCUUUGGUUUUAUGGUGGUGAUUUUGAGAUUUUUCACCAUUACCGGCAAACACACCACACUAAAAAUGUUGAUGUUGACAGUUGGCGUGUCUGUGUGUAAAUCGUUCUUUAUCAUAUUUGGCAUGUUUCUGCUGGUGUUCUUUUAUGCCUUGGCUGGAACGAUACUAUUUGGUACUGUCAAAUAUGGCGAAGGCAUUGGACGAAGAGCAAAUUUUGGUUCCCCCGUUACAGGUGUUGCUAUGCUAUUUCGUAUUGUCACCGGUGAAGAUUGGAAUAAGAUAAUGCACGAUUGUAUGGUCCAGCCGCCGUAUUGUACACCGGGGAAAAAUUACUGGGAAACCGAUUGUGGAAACUUCACGGCAAGCCUCAUCUAUUUCUGCACAUUCUACGUCAUUAUAACCUAUAUAGUGCUGAAUUUGCUAGUGGCUAUUAUCAUGGAGAACUUUUCACUGUUCUACUCGAACGAAGAGGAUGCCCUGCUCUCCUAUGCAGAUAUACGUAAUUUCCAAAACACCUGGAACAUUGUGGAUAUCCAUCAGCGUGGUGUCAUACCGGUACGUCGUGUAAAAUUCAUAUUGCGUUUGCUCAAAGGACGUUUGGAGUGUGAUCCGCAAAAAGAUCGACUGUUAUUCAAAUACAUGUGCUAUGAACUGGAUAAACUGCACAAUGGUGAAGAUGUUACCUUCCAUGAUGUGAUCAACAUGCUCUCAUAUAGAUCCGUGGAUAUUCGUAAGGCCUUACAGCUGGAGGAAUUGCUGGCCCGUGAAGAAUUUGAAUAUCUGGUGGAAGAAGAAGUGGCCAAAAUGACAAUACGCCAUUGGUUGGAGGGUUGCCUCAAGAAGAUAAGAGCUCAAAAUGCCUAUAAGCAACAAAAUUCCCUCAUAGCUGGCCUGCGUGCCACAAAUGAGCCGAUAAUACGACCCAGUGUACAAGAAGACAAAACCCCCACUGCUCUGGGUGACAAAUCGGUCAUUGCCACAAUAAGCGGUACUGUGGCAGCUGCCACAUGUCCACCCACCAGUGAUGCCUUUUCGCCAACCUUUAGUUCGACGGAGAACGAAGAGAAGGAUGUCAGCACCAGUGCCAUGGCAUCAACACCCGGGGCGGGCGCCACUGCCGAAACAUCUACUGUACAGGCUACACAGCGCAUCAUUACCAGCACCAAACGAGGCUAUGCCCUUAAUCGCUCCGAUUCCACGGGAAGUAGCGCUGGACGCAAAUUCCUUGCACCAACAUCCUCCGAUCCCCAACGUUCAACGCUCACGGACAAGGAACGUUUACACAUUGCCAAUCAGCAGAAAAAGAAAAAUUCCAUGACAACCAGUACCCUGCCCGUAGUUCCGCUGCCAGCAUUGCCGGGCCAUAAAAAGAAUAGUUUCUUUGCGGGUGACAUCAGUCAAUUCCAUUAUCCAACACUGAAUCAUUUCGAUCAUGGUCACAUACCGGCCUUGGGUAGUCCAUCGGGUCUGAUGCCUCACAUAAUACCCGGCACCAAGUUAUUACCCUUCAAUAAUCAAGCGAAUGCGGUCUACGAGGUACAUGAUUGGUGGCAGGAGCAGGUGCUGUGUACUCAAAAUAGCGACGAUGAAAUGUAAUCUGUUUUUGCCAAAUAAUUUAUGUUUUUUUUUUUAUGUUUACAAGGAUUAGAGACAAGUACAAGAUAUAUAUUUUUAUAUGGAACGUUUAGUGGUUAGAGAAGCAACGAAGAAGACGAAAAAUUCGAUGUCAUUAGGUUUAGUUGAGUAUUGGUGUCAAAUUGUUAUAAUAGUUUAAUUAGCUGUGUAAGAAUAAAUUUAAUUGUUGUUAAUAAAGGUAUAUUAACCAUUAA